CUGGUGCUGUUUUGCAGAAAAGCAGCCUCUGUGAUUUCCCGGUAUCCCAGCAAGAUCCAGAGUGGGGCUGAGGCCAAGAAGCUGGAUGGAGUAGGUGCUAAAAUAGCUGAGAAGAUAGAUGAGUUUUUAUCCACUGGAAAACUACGCAAAUUGGAAAAGAUUCGCCAAGAUGAUACAAGUGCAUCUAUCAACUUUCUGACCCGAGUUACUGGCAUCGGUCCUGCUGCUGCUAGGAAGUUUGUAGAGGAAGGAAUUAAGACUUUAGAGGAUCUAAGAAAAAAUGAACACAAGCUGAACCAUCACCAGCGAAUUGGGUUGAAAUAUUUUGAAGAUUUUGAGAAAAGAAUCCCAAGGAAAGAAAUGCUGCAAAUGCAAGAAAUUGUGCUGAAAGAAGUAAAGAAGCUGGACCCAAACUAUAUUGCUACAGUAUGUGGCAGUUUUAGACGAGGUGCAGAGUCAAGCGGAGAUAUGGAUGUUCUCCUAACCCAUCCAAGUUUCACAUCUGAAUCAUCCAAACAGUCAAAACUCUUGCAUCAAGUUGUAGAACAACUGGAAGAAGUUGGCUUUGUCACAGAUACGCUGUCUAAAGGUGACACCAAAUUCAUGGGUGUCUGUCAGCUGCCAAAUAAAGAAGAUGGAACAGCCUAUCCACAUAGGAGAAUUGAUAUCCGGCUCAUUCCGAAAGAUCAGUAUUACUGUGGUGUACUGUAUUUCACAGGCAGUGAUAUAUUCAAUAAGAACAUGAGAGCUCAUGCUCUGGAAAUGGGCUUCACGAUCAACGAGUAUACGAUCCGUCCCCUGGGCAUCACAGGAGUCGCUGGGGAGGCUCUACCAGUAGAAUGUGAAAAAGACAUCUUUGACUACAUCCAGUGGAAAUACCGAGAGCCAGAGGAUCGGAGCGAAUAACUGCUUGUCUAGGUGCUCAGGUGUGAUCGUUGUGCUUCUGCACUGACUGGUGUUUGAGAAGACAAGCGGAAGCCACAGUCACAGCGCUGAAACACUUCUGGAUGUUGAGCAAUGUCUUUUGUCCUUUUCGGGAGCAGAUGUGUCCUUCCCUAACAACUGGCUUAUGGAUCUCAGUCCACAAAUGCUGUGCACAGCAAAGCCCAGAAGCACAGCUGAAGCAUGAAGGCAACUCUCCCUCUUGAUCUGCAAUAGGUAGCACAUAACCUGCCCUUGUGUCCUGCCUUCAGCCACAGUAUCUUGUCCACAAACUACUUCUGGCUGCUCUCCCUAUGUAGAACUACUGUUUAACGUGCCCUCGCCAUGGAUUGAUUACCUUCUUCCCUCGCAUGACUUUGGCUUUCUUUUUCUAUUUGGCCCCAUCUACCCUACUGAAAUGUUUUCAGAGAUCUGGAACAAAUCCUAAUGUUUCCAUGUUUUCCUGUGUAAGGAACAGAUCUGGAAAGUUGCACCAUCAACAUGCAUGCUGAAGUGCAGUUUCUUUUAAGAAAGAGCCCUCACUUGCCCUUUUUGAAAAACUUUAAUCUUCUAGGUGGACAUUUACCCAGCAUCUUGGAAAGUAGUCCUUGUAUACUGGCUAGACUUCCAUUAUAGGUUUGGGUAGGUAUGCAGAAAUUUUUGUAUGCAUGUGAAAAUGAAUCUUGCUGUAUAAAAGGAUUAUUUUCUGCUUCAGCUGCCAUAGCCCUGCUGGUAAGUUCACUGUUUUAAAAGUUGUGUGCUUUUAUCAAAUAAUAUGUCUGGUAAUGUCUUCCCUGUAGAGUUUGUCCAGCUGAAACUGGCUGUGAGAACUACUGUUGUAGCUUUUAAAACUAUAAGGACGUACACGUGUAGUUUGCCUGUGCAGAGUUUUUUUUAUAUAUUUGGCUUUGUCUUCUCUGCACCUUUAGUUAGUGUGUCGUUGCAUAUUCUUUACUCUAAAGUUCUCCAGAAUGCACUGCUUUUUUUAAUUUUUAUUAUUUUUAUGUAUCUGUUUCUGCAGCUAGGUAAGCAGGUGCAUGAAUGCUUGCAGUUCUGAUCUUAUGUAUGUAGCUCUUAGUGUAAUGGGCCUGUGGCAUAGUGUAAUGGCCAAUAACUGUUUUUAGCUGUUAAGAGCUCCUGGGAUUUUUGUGUUGCUUGAGGAAAGCAGUAGCAGAAGGCGUUCUGUUUCCUUCACUAGAUUACUGUUACAGGUAUUGUGCAAUUAUCCCAUUCUUUGCAGUUUAAAACAAAAGAACGUCAUUGCACGUAGUAAUGUGAAGCUUACGUUCAUAAACGCAUGCUCUUGCCGGGAUGGACUUUUCCUUUAUUUACAAAGUAAAGGAACUUAUAGAGCAGCACACUGUGGAUGUACUUCUGAUGCUAAUUUAGUGUCACAGGAGGCACCUGAGAGCAGUAAACUGCCAAGUGUUCCAGAUAAUGCAAUGACAGGAGGAGGAGAAGUAGCACUGAGUUUCCCUAGAGAAUAGGAUAAAGAGGACAAGAAUCCUAAUGGGAGAUUUAUACACUCUCUAAAUAUGCUUGAUACCUUUCCUUGUGAUGUAUUUCUCCCGUUAGGCUGAAAUAUUUACUUUUUUCCUCCCUUAAGAUACAACUCUCUGUCCCUUCCUUAAAAUGUUACCUUUACUGUUUUGAGAUCUGAUAUUUGUUUUCUUAAAAUAAUUAUUUUGAUUCUGAACCAUUCUCUUCAUCAGCUCUUUCUUCAGUUGGGGUAACUUCUUCAGGCUGACUACAGACUUCUAGUGCAAAAAAGGAGCAAUAUAACUAGAGAUAUUGGUGGAAGGUUUGAUGUGGAUGUAACUUUCUCCAAACAGGUACAAUUGGUGUACGUAGAGAGAAAAACUAACCUAUUCUUUUUUCUCCUCUCCUUCUUUGGAUAUUUUCAAAUAUGCAAAGUUCCAUACCUGCAUAAAUUUAAAGGCAGACAAGUCCAUUCUCAACAAAGAUUACAGAAUUUAUUUUUGACAUAAGGCAUAAUGGGGUGG